AGAGUGAGUCUCAGUAGUGCAGAGAAGCCACGGUGUGUCUGCAGCCUUGCCUGAUAUUGAUGUGUCUAGUGCACCACAACAUCCAGAGUGGUAUUUCGCGAGAGCGGCUUUAUUUCUUCUGUGUAAUCAUUCGAGAGGAGAAAAUACUAACUGAAAAGUGCGUGUACACUUUACACUAAAGUUCAGAGAGUGAUGCAUGUUGGACAAUGUAGUAUUAGUCCGUGGAUGGCGCAGUGCCCCUCACUCCUGCCUUGGUAUUCUCUCUGGCCGCUAAUAUUGCUUACCAUUCUCCAUAGCGUUGUCUCUCUACCACAACUGUAUCCCAUAAAUGGCAGAACCGUCAAGCUGAAUGAGGGGGAAAUUAUUCUCUGCCACGCUGAACGUGAUUAUUUAAAGUUUACGCUGAUAUCUAGUAAAAAAGACUGCUGGUUAAACGAAUAUUAUGGUGUUAACGCAAGCAAAGUUGCAGGAAGGAACCCUCAACUAGAAGAUAGGAAAGGACAACAAUGGUAUGAGUUAAGUUUCUUCACGUCUGAGUUCAGCUUUUGGGUUAAAAUAAGUGGAGAAACAACACAUCUUAUUCAACGCAGAUGGAGUGCUGCUGCAAAAUGCCGAGAGAAAGUUUUUACUCUAUCAUUCGUUAACCCAAAGACAAUUCUCAGCAGCUACUCGCCCACGCUCACUGUCUCCUCGCCCCUCGAAAACAACCGAAAGAACUUAAUCCAGCUAAAUAUUGAUAGAAUUAUUAGGAAGCUCGAUUUCUUCGAGACAUUAACUGAUAAAGAAAAGAAGUACGUAAACAAUGAUCUAGGCACAUCUCAUAGCCAUAGAUUGGUGACCGAUGAUUUACUAGUUGUCGUUGCGUUGUUCAUUCCUGUCUUGGGGUUGUUGUGGUGCCUUCGCUUUAUCCUGUAUCCUAGAAACAAAACGCUGCAGUAUGUUAGAAGAGUGCGCAUUACUAGAAUGAUUCCUAUGCCGGUAUCAGAGAGCGAUACACUGUCCGUCCAUAUGGACCGGCCCAGCACUCACCAACAAGACCCUCCUCCAGCUUAUGAUGACAUCACUCAAACUGCACCUCCACCGUCAUAUUCAGAAGCUCAACAUAUACAAAUGGUUUUAGAUGAGGCAAGUUUAGCACAGAUGAACACGGAUCACAUUUCUCCAGUACGGUCUGAUAUAUUUGAUGAAUCACAAUCAAACUUGGACUCAAAUUCUUUUGAGACAUCGUUUACACCUCCGAACUUCGCAAAUGUGGAAGCAGAUGAAGACUUCUCUACGGAAAGGCUGGCUGCUCCUUUCCUGUUAUCAGAUUUGGCAAACACACCAGUAGCAAGUGUGGAAGGAACAGGUGAAGACAGCCCCUUGCGAAGUCUAGCUGCUACAUUUCCAUCCUCAAAUACGACGACCACACCAGCAGCAGGUGAGGGCAGCUUCACAGAAGGGUUAGCUGCUUCCUUCCCGUCUUCAGGCGCAACAAACACACAAACGGCAGACGACACUUACCUCUUAAAGUCUCAAGAUCACGUGGAACACUAACUCGAUGAGAAGUAGCUUCUUCAAAAAAACCAUGUUAUUUAGUCACUUGGUUUACAUCGAAGGUAUAUAAUGGGAGAAUACAGCAGUGGUACACAAGUGGAAGAGAACACCAGUGGGAGAAAACAGCGGGAGAACAGCAGUGGAAGAGAACAAGAGUGGAAGAAAACAGCAGUGGAAGAGAACAAGAGUGGAAGAGGACAACAGCGGUAGAGAGUAAUAGUAAAAGAAAACAUCAGUGGGAUAAGAGUGGAAGAGAACGACAGUGGGAAAGAAGUGAAAGAGAACAUCAGUAGAUUAAAUUACAGUGGAAAGAGACCAGCAGUGGAAGAUGACACAAUAAGUAUCACCACCUGCACAAAAAAACUGCCACAAACUGUUCCAACUACCUACCCACAGCGGUGAUAUGCACAGUGUUACAUUGCAUAUAUAUUUCACGAUUACCACAGCUAAGUGCAGGCUAAUGUAACUCUGCCUGUGGAGUCAAUUAGAAAAGUGACGAGAAAUUAAGACUGCUAACCCUUCAAGAAGAUAAAAACAACAUGUCAUUUUUACUUAACAUUUUGAUUUUUUUUUGACUGCAAGAUUAAAGACGCAUUUUACGGUUUUAAAACCUUCGAAAUAUAUACCAGACUUUUGUCCUCUCGGCCUUAUUAUGCUUGUAGGAAACAAGAGAAUUGGUCUCACAAAUAUUUAACAAUAGGUUUUGGGACAAUUCAGUGUUUUUAUAAUUUUAAGGUGCUACACAAAUUUGUACCAGUUUAUUAAUUAAUAAAUAAUUCUCUUCCA